AUGUUACUUUCAACAGAGACUGAUCUUGAGAGUGUGUGGCAAAGAGAAAUGAACAACAUUAGGGAGGUUAGUUUGUUUGUUGAAGAACUAAGUGAAAAUACAGAAAGUGUUAAUGCACCUGAAAUUGAGAAGGGGGUUGGUGAAGAUGAUAGUGAUGAAACUUUUGAGUGGUUGAAUGAUAGUGAAGUUGAAAAGUUGGAUGACAUCUUGUUUGAUGAAAAUGUGGAUGAAGUUGAGGUUGAGGUUGGGGCUGAGGCAGAGGAGGGUGAGGUUAAGGAUGAGCUGAGAAGGUUGAGGGUGAGGGUGAGAAAGGUGAGGGCGAGAAGUGUGAGGGUGAGGGUGAGAAGGGUGAGGGUGAGGGGUGAGCUUGGGGCUGAGAUUGGGGCUGAGAAGGUUGAUGAGGGUGAGGAGAGUGUUGAAGAUUUAAAUCAGGUUGUGGAUGAUGUAACACCCCGCUUAUCAGAGUAA